AUGCCUACUCGCGGCGACUCGGCCUCCACCCAUGGCAGAUCCGGCACCACCAUUCACAUGACCGGCCUCCCGGCCUCCCACAUGCCGUUCCUCUUCACCCACAUCUUCAAGGAAAACCAAGCCACGGUCCUGCAUGCACGCCCGGUUGACGGGAUCAGCUGCCUGCGCUUCGUUCAGUCCUACUACAUCUUCAUGGUGGCCCGGGUGCAAGUGUGCGAGGCGGACCAAACCUGUCGCCAGGGCGGCUGCGCCUGCGCCUCGACGCACACGAUGACCCAGGGCCAGUGUGUCCGCUCCUCGUGCAGCCCGGACGAGCUGGAGUCCGACGGGGCCCUAUGGAACCAGGUCCCCGUGGGCCAGGAUGCUGUGCGCGCCUGCCCGUCGCUGCAUACCGGCAGCAUCCGCCGGGCAUGCACCCCCAACGGCUGGGGGCCCAUCGUGGACACCUGCGAGCUCGUCGUCUGCCUGGCAUACGACUCCCCGGAGUAUGGCACAUUCCCCCAAACCCCGGUCGGCCAGUCCAACAACGGGUCCUGCCCCAUCGGGCACUACGGCACCGGGCGCAUGGCCUGCCUGCGCGGCGGCGUGUGGGACACGGACAACGCCACGGGCACCGCCUGCCGGCCGUUCUUCUGCCGGCCGAGCGUCGACCCGGUGUAUGGGAUCGAGCGGCCGGACACGCCGGCCGGCGGGUACGGCGUGUGCCGCUGCCCGCUGGGCUUCCUCGGGGCCCCGCUGCUGGCCUGCCUGGCGCAGGACACCUGGGCCGAGCGCUACCUCGACCCGGAGACCCAUGUGCCGGCGGAGCCGGCGGCCCUCUGCCGGGCCACCGCCAUCCCGCCCGGCGAGCCGGACUCCGCCUUCGCGCAGGUGACCCACCUGUCCACCGACAGCGAGAUCACCAUCUCCUGGACCCCGGCCGCCGGGGCCGACCCCGCGGCGCCGAUCAGCGUGCAGAUGGCCAGCCCCGGGCAGAUCACCUUCGAGGAGGUGGCCCUCCAGCCGCCCGGCCAGACCGCGGUCCGCAUCGCCGACCUGCCGGCGGCCAGGCAGUUUGUUGUGCGCCUGGUGCCGGGCGAGGGCGCGCCGGCUUCCGCCUCCGCCUCGGCUUCUACGUCUGCUUCCGCCGCCGCCGCCGCCGCCGCCGCCGCCGCCGCCGCCCCCGCGACCGGCCUCACCCAGGAGCUCAUUUGGACGCGGCCGCGGGGCCCCGGCCAGCUGGUCGGCACGGUGACCACCAGCAGCCGGCUGCUGUCCUUCGAGUGGGAGCCCUCGCCCGAUGCCAGCACCUAUCGGGUGCAGCUGUACGACAGCCCGGACCCGGCCAGCCGGACCCUCAUCGACCAGGUGACCACCAACGAGCCGGCCGUGGUCGUGCGCCACACCCUGGCCCCGACGACCACGGUGGAGGUGGAGGUGCGCGCGGUGCACCCGGCGGCCGGGGUCAGCUCCGGGGUGCUGAGCUUCACGGCGCGCACGCCCACCGGCGCGGCCACCCGGGCCACGGCCAUCGCCGUGCCCAUCGCCGUGGUGGUGCUCCUGCUGCUGGGGCUCCUGCUGGCGGUGUUCUUCCUGUACUGGCGCCCGCGCCGGCAGAAAGAGCUCGAGCAGCUGGAGCUCCACCGGCGCUCGACCAUCUUCAAUGCCACCUACACCGACACCGAGGCCACGGUGCUGAACACCUGCGAGUCGGUGUCGGUCCCGGGCUUCCUGGAGCUGAAUGUCGACGGGGCGCAGCAGGUCCAGCAGCUGGAGCCCAUCGGCCGCGGGGGCGCCGGCACCGUGUACCGCGGCCGGCUGCUGGACCCGAAUGCCGUGGCCCGGGCCGGGUCCGAGAUCGUGGCCAUCAAGCAUGUGGCCGGCCAGGCCAGCCGCUCGGAGCACCAGAACAACGACCGCUUCCGCCAGGAGGUGGCCCUGCUCUGGUCGCUGGCCUUCAAGGACUCGGUGGUCCGGCUGAUUGGCUUCACCUCCCGGCCGCGGACCAUCGUCACGCACCUGUACGACAGCGACCUGCAAUCGUACCUGCACAAGCCGGAGGCCCUGGCCGCCGGGCUCUUCCGGCAGCUGGGCCGCUCGCCGCCGGGCAACCGCCAGCAGGCCGGGCUCCUGUCCCCGGACGAGGUGUGCCACUUUGUGUCGCGCAUUGGCCUGGCCGUGCGCGACAUGCACUCGGUCGGCAUCGCCCACCGGGACAUCAAGAGCGCCAACAUCCUGCUCCGGGCCACGCGCCUGCCCUCGCCGGACGCCGAGCCGGGCUCCGCCGCGGCGGUGGCCCUCUUCGAGCCGGCCAUCUGCGACUUUGGCCUGGCUCGCACCGACGAGCUCUCGGCCAAGGAGAUCGAGCUCAAGGUCCGCGGGGGCAACCGCCUGCCCCACAUCUCGGUGGACCUCUUCGGCCCGGGGCUCUCCUCGGCCGAGCAGGACGGCCUCCAGAGCGUGGUCCAGAUCGUGGACGAGACUCUGCAGGCCAACUACGCCGCGCGGCCGACCUCCUUCCACCUGGAGGCGGCCUUCAAUGCCCUGCGCCGCGAUUGA